GAAGGUUGAAGGGUCACCUGCGAUCAAAAGAAGGGGAGUAACUUCUCAGGGUCUGUGGGGGACGCGAAUACAAAGCCGUGUCGUAGACCAUAGAAAAUCUCACUCUUUACGCCUUUCCACCUGACCGUGGCAUCUCAAAGCUUUGUGUGAAUUAGUGAUGGUGCAUCACCUCCGAAAGUCUAGACUUGGAUGGACGAUAAAGAAACAUGUUUGUUUAUAUAUUUAAACCACAGUAUUAAAAUUUGCAGGUUCCGGUCAAUAGCCUAGAUCGUGUUGCUGUUGCGUGUGCAUUAAAGCGAACCAGACCAGGAAAUGUUCCAGCAAAAUGACAGCCAUUUGAAUUGUAGGCCUAUCGUUAAAUUAUUUGAAAUUCACGUUGAUAUUUACAUGUGGCCAUAUUGAAUUUGCUUAUCGAUCUUUAUUCUGGAUUCAGUUAUUCGAAACACGUUGAUGCGGUCUGUGCAUUGCUAGAUUAUUGCGACUGUGAGACAGACUAUAACAUCCCGCCGCAGACACGCUCAGUCAGUGCUUGCCACAUAAUGGCUACCCGUCGCACAUUUUUCAGGAUCUUGAUGUCCGAGCUCGGGAAGUAAUUGAUUUCCCACAGAGAUGUUUGGCCCCGUGUUAAGCUGUUCGGACAGGACGACUGUGGGCCUCAUCGUUCCUUUGAUGUCUUUACAAUGUUUGUCCAGUUGCUUAGCGCAGGGUGUUCCUUAAUAAAACUCUUAAGACGCUGGACGUGUAUGGGGGGCGGUCAAAGGGCUGCCCUUUCUGACUCCUGGAACAUAAGGACCAGAUUCGCUCUUUUCACGUUUGCGCCAUACUCGAGCACAGCUUCGUCCUGUUACUCUCAAAGCCAGCAGGAAACGCUUUACUAGUCGAAUUUAUCGUACCUGUUUUAAAAUUAUUUGUCAUUUGAAGCAAUUCCUCGCGUCGUACACCGAAGCUUUGGAGUUUUGUUGUCCGGACAAAUAUUUUACAUUUUCCAGCGGAGGCUACGAGAGAGGUGAAUUUAAUGCGGGACAAUAGUCAAUGUACUCAAUGUGAAGCCGCUUUGGAAAACAGUUCAUCUCAGCGUGCAACAAAUUGGCCAUUGUAUAUAUGUUACGGUAUAAUCAUAUACAUGCUCGUGAACAAAUGCUUUAUUUGUUGUAGCAGCAGGAGUUAUGCAAUUAGUUAGCGCUUGGUGGCGAAGUAAACAUUUUGCAACAGGUUUAAAAUGAGCAGAGUCCUCAAUCAUCGGGAGAAAAAGGCUGAUCUUUAUGCUGAUGCACAUUGGAUACAAACUGUGAAUUCUGGUGGAAUAACGAUUGGGGUACUUGGUUUGCCUGCUUUUUUAUUUUGGGUUUUCAUCUGCUCUUUGCCAACACAAACUUUCGGCGCAAGUCUGUCUGGAUCUAAAGCCGAUCACCCGGGUGUUUGUCCGAACAAGUUGAAUGCUAACCUGUGGGUUGAUGCGCAGAGCACCUGCGAACGGGAGUGUCUUGUAGACCAGGAUUGUGCAGGAUUUGAGAAGUGUUGCACCAAUGUAUGUGGACUGCGCAGCUGUGUGGCUGCUCGCUUCUCUGACGGCUCCUCUGCACAGACAGACGGUCAGGGUAGAGGGGAGGGCGCAGGAGGGAGAGGCAAUCCUGCCAGCUGCCAUGGCUUUGUAUGCAGCCAGCAAGGGUCCACGUGCGACGUGUGGGAGGGCCAGCCGAUCUGCAAGUGCCAGGACCGCUGCGAGAAGGAGCCAAGCUUUACGUGUGCCUCUGAUGGGCUGACCUACUUCAAUCGCUGCUACAUGGACGCAGAGGCCUGCAUUAGGGGAGUCACUCUGACUGUGGUCACCUGCCGCUAUCACUUGGCCUGGCCACACACCAGCCCCCUGCCAAUGGACACAACCGCACAUCCAACACCUACCUCAUCACUGGAGGAUCCACUCCCACCCACGCUCUAUAGCAACCCCAGCCACCAGUCAGUCUACCUAGGGGGCACAGUCAGCUUUCACUGUGAUGUCAUAGGAAUCCCAAAGCCGGACGUUACCUGGGAGAAACAAACCGAGCGUCGCGAGAGCCUCAUUAUGAGACCCGAUCAAAUGUAUGGCAACCUGGUCAUCACAAACAUUGGCCAGCUGGUAAUCUACAACGCCCAGGCCCGGGACACUGGCAUCUAUACGUGCACCGCCCGCAACUCGGCUGGGAUCCUGCGCGCAGAUUACCCGCUGUCUGUCAUCCGCCGCUCCGAGGACGACCUCUCGGAGGACGCCGAAAUGAGCAUACCUAUGGGGCGCCCCUUCUCCCCAGCCGACUGCUUGGCGGAGGUGGACAGGCGAGAAUGCGGCGAGCGCCACGUGGACUGGUACUACGACAGUAAGCGCGGCACCUGCCUGGCGUUUACCAGCGGGGGGUGCGAAGGCAGCAGGAACCGCUUUGAGACCUACGAGGAGUGUCGCGCAUCAUGCCAGCGGGAGGGCAUGGGCAUGUGCUCCCUGCCUGCAGUUCAGGGGCCCUGCAAGGCCUGGGAGGCUCGCUGGGCGUACAACGCCCUUAUAAAGCAGUGUCAAGCCUUUGCUUACGGUGGCUGCCAGGGCAACCCCAACAGCUUCCGUACCCGGGCAGAAUGCGAGGCCAACUGCCCGCAGCCCAAGAGCCGGCCCUGUAAGACCUGCAGGGCCAAGGGCAAAAUCGUACCCAACCUGUGCCGAAGCGACUUUGCCAUCGUGGGGCGGCUGACUGAGCUGAUCGAGGACCUGGACUCCGGAAUUGCUCGCUUCAGCCUGGAAGAGGUCCUGCGCGACGAGAAGAUGGGCCUGUCCUUCUUCAAUACACGCCACCUGGAAGUGACGCUGGCCAAGAUGGACUGGAGCUGCCCCUGUCCCAACAUCACCAUGGAGGAGGGCCCCCUUCUGGUCAUGGGUGAGGUUCAGGACGGCAUGGCUGUGAUCCAACCAGACAGCUACGUGCGCCCCAUUACUGACCGCCGUUUGAAGAAGAUUCACGAGGUACUGGAGAAGAAGACUUGCGAGUUGCUCCAGCGCUUCCAGGAUUAGGACUAAUCCUGCCAGGCAAUGCUGCCAUCUGCUGAAACUGUGGGUAUCUACCGCACACAGCCUGGUGCUGACUGCUCAAGCUGAAAUUACUUAUGUAUUUGAGACUAAAAUUGAAAAUUAAUUUAUGCAAAUGCAAUAACGCAACAUUUUUGAAUCAGUAUGUUCAUUAAGUGAGGCUUACAUAUUUGUCAGUGGUAUUGCUAUAUUGAAUAGGCUUGUUUCUUUUUAGUAGUGUGCCACAAUACGAUUUAUAAGGUUUCUAUUUUGUGUAAACCCAGAGAUACACUGAUGUUUAAAGUGAUGUGAUCACACAAAGGAUAGUCAAACAUUAUAGAAUGCAUAGGGUAUGAAAGACUCCUGUAGAGGUGCUGUAAUGUGUAUAUAUACUAGAUGUAUGUUUGUAUUAUCUACCUCCAACUCAAAAGCUUUGUUUACCAACACUGUGCUCCUUUUCAUGUCCGUUUUGUCCAUUUCUUCCUCAAUUUUAAAAUUGGUGCAGUUCAGAUUGACCUUAACCAAGAAUAAUUGUAGGUUUCUAUGAAAAAAGUAUUACACCACCCUUGGAACACACCUUACAUUUGUUUGCCCAUGGCUGCAACAUUCUAGCAAUAUUUAGGAGCAAAAUGGCAUACAGACAAAUGACUGCAGAAAAUAAAGACAAUACUAAAUAACUGCA